ACAAAGUUUUUUGAUUUAGGUAGUACAGAAGUUUUAUACCAGAGCACCAAACUGAUUAUGCCUGUUACACGCAUUUUUUGCUUCAUUUUUCUCGUUUUAUUCCGUUUGUCUUCAGCAAAUCAUUUUCGUGGCGGAACAAUAAGUUGGAGUUCCACCGGAAAACCGAAUGAGGUUGAGUUCACAUUUAAACUUGGUUGGAUUCUCGGUCGGGGGCCAGGAUGUAAUGAAAAUUUGAUUGGAAAAUAUGUGAAUGAUUCAAAUAAUGGGGAGUGGGUUUGCUCAAAGGGAUGUGAACCAACUAAUGACAAGUUGUCUGAUGUAUACUAUUAUUGUACGGCGGCUAGCAAGGCACAGAACUGGGAGCAAGGAGAAAACAGCUUUAAAUAUACAUUUCCAAACCAGGGACCGUUCACUGUCGAGUUUGCUGGUGGAAAUUGGAUUACACUUAGCUAUGGUGACGGUGACGCUUGGAAUAUAUCUACUGUUGUAGACCUACGUUCCAGAAACGACACAGGAAGACCAAACAUGAGCCCUGUAGCGUCUGGAAAACCAGUUUAUAGUAUGAAGUACGGCUGUACAAAUACCAUAAAGUUACCGGUGAUGGAUCAAGAUGGUGACAAAAUAACAUGCAGGUGGUCGGUAGGCGACGAAUGUGCCUCUGUUUGUAAAUCUUUGCCGUUUGCGAUGAUUGAUCCUGACACGUGCUCUUUAACAGUUUCUGCAAAACACACUCGAAACGGUUGGUUCGCUGUUGCGAUAACAAUAGAAGAUUCACCAAAUCAGGCCUUAUCCCUCAAUGGUUCAGUUUUGACGGAAGAUGAUGUCAUUUCUAGUGUACCUAUGCAGUUCUUAAUAAACACCCCGGACAUACCAUCAAGAUCGUGUUCUGAUAAACCUGUAUUUGUGACGCCAACACCUCCGGAAAACCAACUGUAUAUUCUUACGCCUGGUGAAAAGCUUACAAUAACCUGCUAUGCUACAUCAAAGGGUACAAGAAUAACAUCGUUUGAGCUUACAGCACCACCUGGCGUAAGAAAGUCUUCAAUUCAGUCCGUUCCCGGACGCCCAAAUGUUUACAAAAUCGUAGUUACGUGGGUACCAAAACAGGAAAAUAAAGGACAACACGCUCUUUGUAUCGAGGCAACUGAUUAUUUCGGGAUUAGCAGCGACUCGCAUUGUUUGAAAGUUGUUGCAUGGGAUAUUGAUCCAUGUAAAAGCAGCCCCUGUCAAAAUGGAGGCAAUUGUACAAGAACGGGAUUUACUGACAAUUUUGUAUGUACAUGUGUCCCUGGAUACACGGACUUGCUUUGUCAAACAGAUAUAAAUGAAUGUGCUAGUGACCCGUGUCUGAAUAAUGGCACGUGUUUCGACUUGAUCAACGAAUUCUUCUGUGGUUGUGUCGCUGGCUUUACGGGAUUGCAGUGCGAAACCGAAAUCAAUGAAUGUUCUAACAUGAGUUGUUUAAACGGUGGUACAUGCGAGGAUCUCAUUGGAAAAGGUGUCUGUCAUUGCUUACCAAGCUUCACAGGAAAAUUAUGCCAGACAGGGAUAGAUUUCUGCAAGUCCUUACCUUGCCUUAACGAUGGGACAUGUUACAGUAAUUUAACAGGUUAUACAUGUUCUUGUGUGGAUGAUUGGCAUGGAACAAAUUGUGCAUUUAGAGACGAGCCAGCCAAUAAUACUAGCAUAUUGUUAAUGGCAAAUGAACAUAUGCAUUACUCAGACUGCAAAUGUCUCCUUGGAAAUGAACGCCGACAAAUAUGCUACCCAUACAAUCAACGGAAGGGGAUUGGCUUUGGCAUUCUUGGAGUGGUCUUAGGUAUUUCAACAAGCGUGUUGUUAUACAUUCUCUUCGAGGGAGUGUUUGGAAAAGGUUUAACCUGCCUUCAAGACGUAUAUCACAAAACACCGGCACGACCAAAACUGAAUACAUCAGCCUACCCAGAUAUAUUCAACCGUUAUAAUGACAACUGUAAAUCGAAUGAAGCUGUGAAUGAUUAUAAGUUUGAGGAGAAGAACUGUGGCCAUAUUACUAACACAUUUCUGUCACGAGGAACAUACCACAGUCGUCACUGUUGGGCAUGUAGGGAGAAAAUAGAACAAGCUAACAAUCCUGCUCCUGCUCCCACUCACACAUUUCUUAGGAAAUAUUCUGGUCUGAAAAGGAUACUAAAAAAGGAAUAAAUAAUAUAACUAUGUUUUGUGUGAAGUAUAUAUAAUUAUUUUAGUAUUUUUUUCUCAACUUUUCUUGUGUAGCUAUGCUAGUGUAAUUGACUUAUAAGUGUUUGUUAUAAUAGAAAAUGUCUUCAUAUAUCUGCCUCCCCAUUGUAAAGAGUAUUAAGCAAUCGACUUUUUUUCUUUAUCCUUUAAUCAUUGAUAAUUAUUAUGUAUUAUGUAGAUAAAUAUAAAUUCAGGAUUGUUCAGUAUUUGAAUACAUUCACAAGCACCAGUAAUAUUGAUAAUGUCGUUAUAUUCGUCUUAAUUGCAUUAUUUCCUUCAAUCAUUAAGUCGUUUUUUUUCAUCUCCAACACAUUUAGUGUACUUUAUAUACACGCAUACCGUUUUCAUUCCACAUUCAAUUUUAAUCAAUUAAGAAUAUACGAACUGAUAAAAAACUUGUGUAUGCUAUAUUCUGUAAGAUAUACCCAUGCUGCAAACAAAUAACGUUAGA